AUGACCACCCUGUCGCAUCCGUUCAAAGACAGCCCGGAGCCGCUGGAAGUGCCCAAGGAGCACGUGGCCAACGUGGACACCCUGUUCGAGUGGAUUAAAGAACAACCCCGGUUUCCGGCGUUCUCGAAAAACCAUGCCCACCUGUUUCUGCACGCGUGCCUCUGGAACGUGGAGGACGCGAAGAAGGCGCUCCAGAAGUACUCACAGAUCCACGCCAACUCGCCGGAGAUCUUCGACAAUCGGGACAUCAUGAGCGCCGGCGUGCAGAUGACGCUGAACGCCACACACAUGGUGGCGCUUCCACGGACCACUCCGGAGGGCUAUCGGCUGCUGUACUACCGCCUGUCCGACACCGACCCGUCGAAGAUGAACUUUGCCGAGGCGGUCAAGUCGUUCUGCAUGUUCAACGACGCGCAGAUCAGCGUGGACGGCAUCAUGGAGGGCUACAUCGUCAUCUUCGACAUGAAGGGCGUCCGGCUGGGGCACCUGGCGCGCGUCCAGUUCGGGCCGCUGCGCGUGUUCAUGAGCUACAUCCAGGACGCGCAUCCGGUGCGGCUGAAGAAGAUCUACAUCGUGCACACGGCCUCGUUCAUCAACCAGGUGAUGGCGCUGGUGAAGCCGCUCAUCCGGUCGGAGCUGCUGGGGCUGCUGCAGUUCACCGCCACCGGACCGGAGGAGAUCGUCGGCGUGGACUACCUGCCUAAGGACUUUGGAGGUCCGUUCGAGGAGGUGGCCACGAUGCACGCCGACCAGAAGAAGCGCCUCGAGACGGAGUACCGCGACUGGCUGAUGGACUCCGGUGCGCUGAAGGAGGCGCCCAAGCAGAAGAACGGCAGCACCAGUGCCAGCUCGGUCAAGCCACCGGUGAAGGCAUUUCGGGGGUUGGAGAUCGACUAGAGUCCGUGAGGAGUUCGGGAACAACAGGGCGCUACGAGUGAUAUUAUUGCGCUUAGGUGGACCUACGAACGGAACCAUCAUUCGUCGACGUGGAGCGGGGAAAGGGGAACUUUGUGGACUUUGUAAAACUGACGCAACGGUGUGAGCGUUUGGAUUUUUGUUUUCUCUUUCAUCGGUUUGCAGUGGUUGUGCAAGAUGUGUAUGGCUUUGCAUCAGUUUGCUAUUUUAAUCGCUAGCGUGUAAGGAAGGUUUGUCAUAUUUUUACAUUUGUGUUUUUCUUCGAUUUGUUGCUCGAACGCAAUCUCUGAGCCGUAUCGGAACCACGUUCUAGUUGGAAUUGUAAAUAAAGACAACAAGGCAAGAGCAUCUGACCGAUUGCGUUCCUGUUUGCGCCGACUAUGGAGGCAGUUUAAGCGCGACGUCCAGUGUUGAGAAAGAGUCACCUGCCAAAAGAAGAAUGUUAUUUAUUACUAGCGGUUGAGGAUAGGU